CCUCCGCGCCGAGCUGCCUGGGCCGGCGGCCGGCGGAGUGGAUCGCGGCUGCGCCAGCGCCGGAACGAGCCCCGGCCCGGGACGCGCCGAGCGGGUAUGGUGUGAAUAUGCGUUGCUUGGCAGCUCGGGUGAACUAUAAGACUUUGAUUGUCAUCUGCAUUUUGUUCUCCUUGAUCACCAUCCUGCUGUGGAAUCGGUGCAGCAGUGGCAAAAUACCACCUUUCCCACAUAACCCGAGCAGCAGUGUGAAAACAGGUGGAAUAGAGAAACAAGCGGCUGCAUCAGAGAGCAGCCAGUGUGUGAACAGACCAGCCAAGCAGCAGAGUGAGGAGGCGUCACCCCAGGAGCAGCAGAAGGCUCCCCCCAUUGUUGGGGGCUUCCAUGGGAACAAAGUCUUGGGCCUGAAAUAUGAAGAAAUCGACUGUCUGAUCAAUGAUGAGCACACUAUUAAAGGCAGAAGGGAGGGGAGUGAGAUCUUCCUUCCUUUCUCGUGGGUGGAGAAGUACUUCGAAGUUUAUGGGAAAAUAGCCCAAUAUGAUGGCUAUGAUCGGUUUGAGUUCUCCCAUAGUUACUCCAAAGUGUACGCCCAGAGAGCACCAUACCACCCAGAUGGCGUUUUCAUGUCAUUUGAGGGCUAUAAUGUGGAAGUCCGGGACAGAGUGAAGUGCAUCAGCGGCGUUGAAGGUGUGCCGCUUUCCACACAGUGGGGACCUCAAGGCUACUUUUAUCCCAUCCAGAUUGCCCAAUAUGGGCUCAGCCAUUACAGCAAAAAUCUGACUGAGAAACCUCCACACAUCGAAGGGUAUGAAACAGCAGACGAGAGGGAGCAGAGCGGUCAGCCAGGCAAAUGGAUGGUUCCCAAAGGCUGCUCUGUUACAACAUUGCUGGAGAAAUCCAGAUUCACAAAUGUCAAGCAGUUUGUUGUCCCUGAAAACUCCGAGGGAGCAUCUCUCCAGCUGGGGAACACAAAGGACUUCAUUAUUUCUUUUGACCUUAGAUUUGUAACAAAUGGGAGCAUUUCAGUGGUUCUUGAGACAACAGAGAAGAACCAGCUGUUUACAGUGCACUACAUCUCAAAUACUCAGUUGAUCACUUUCAAGGACAAAGACAUUUACUAUGGAAUUGGGCCCAGGACCAGUUGGAGCACAGUCACACGAGAUCUUGUAACUGAUUUAAGAAAGGGUAUUGGACUCUCUAACACAAAAGCAGUCAAACAAACCAAAAUCAUGCCCAAAAGAGUGGUGAGGUUGAUAGUGAAGGGAAAGGGCUUCAUAGACAACAUUACUAUUUCAGGUACUGCCCACAUGGCAGCCUUUUUUGCUGCCAGUGAUUGGCUGGUAAGGAACCAGGAUGAAAAAGGUGGUUGGCCAAUUAUGGUAACUCGGAAGCUAGGGGAAGGCUUUAAGUCUUUGGAUCCAGGCUGGUACUCUGCCAUGGCACAAGGACAGGCAAUUUCCACCUUGGUCAGGGCUUAUCUGUUGACGAAAGACCCUGUCUUCCUCAAUUCAGCUUUGCGAGCAACAGCCCCUUACAAGCUCCUGUCAGAGCAACAUGGCGUGAGGGCCGUCUUCAUGAACAAGUACGACUGGUACGAGGAGUAUCCAACGUCUCCCGGCUCCUUCGUUUUAAACGGAUUCAUGUAUUCUCUGAUUGGGCUCUAUGAUUUAAAGGAAACAGCAGGGGAGAAGCUGGGAAAAGAAGCGAAGCUGCUCUACGACCGGGGCAUGGACUCCCUAAAGGCAAUGCUCCCGCUCUAUGACACAGGGUCAGGGACCAUCUACGACCUUCGCCACCUCAUGCUUGGCACAGCUCCCAAUUUAGCCCGGUGGGAUUAUCACACCACCCACAUCAAUCAGCUGCAGCUUCUGAGCACCAUCGAUGAGGCCCCUGUAUUCAAAGAGUUUGUCAAGCGGUGGAAGAGCUACCUGAAAGGCAGCAGGGCGAAGCACAACUAACCCAGGCUGGUCACCAAAAUCCCGUGUCCUCUGCCUGCUGGGCUUGGGAAUUGCCGUCUUUAGGUACAGCAGUGGAACUCAUAGAAAGGUGGGGUCUGGACUCUGUCUGUGUGUUCUUUUUAAAAAAAUAUUUCUGUUUUCAAAGAAGCGGUCCUUAAAACCCCUCAAUUGCAUUCCAGUGGGUGAAUACUUUAGAAUUUGGAGGUGGCCGUAGAGCAGGCAUCCAGGUACGGGACUGAAUCAAACCUUAGUGAACGUGUUUACUUAUCCACAGUGAUCCAUGAUGAUACUUAAGCAGAAUAUAACGUGUAUUUGAUCCCCCCCCUUUUUUUUUUGAGAAAAUCAUUACAGGCUCCCUAUUUUUGUUACCCAGAAUUUUGCAGAAAAAUUAGAAUCCAUUUUUCUUUCCUUAAAAAGAAAAAAGAAUUCUAAUAUGUUUGAGAUUUUGUUUUGUUUUUUAAACUAUGUAGCUUUACAGCAGAAUUUUCUAUUUACUUGUAUUCUCCAGAGUGUUGCAUUUGUGUAGAUUAUUUUUCCCUUGUUGAAAAAUUCAGACCGUUUUGGUUUCUAAAUUGAGGAAUAAAUCCAACAGUGGUUUGUUAACGUCUUUUAAAAAUCUCUUGGGGUUGAGACUUCUCCAGGAACUUUGGUCAUGCUCCUUGGAAGCAGAGAGAGCUGCGGAAGAACACGGCUGUGUGCUUGUCCACCAAUUCUCUUUUGCCCCUUGCGAGGUUUGCCCCAGAGGCUCCUAGUGGGAUGGUGUCUGUCUGCAAGUUUGAAUGUUUUGUUCUGUGAGCACAACUACAAGCAGGACCGGUUGACUGCACAAAAAUUGUGGCCAUUUUGUCUGUGUCUCCCUUCUUCAUUCUUCCACUGAAUUUUGAUCCUGUUACUCUUUUUCAUGUAAAACUUUUUUAAUGUAUAUGCAGCUUAUUUUCUUGGAUAAUUUGAACUGUUUCCUUUCAGUCUUAUAUUGGUUGAAAUACAAUGCAUAUUAUUUGGAGAAAAAGUCCUAUGAUUUAUAAUGUUAGAAUGACUGGAAGACCACAAGUGGGUUUGUUUGCUUGCUUGCUUGUUUUCUUUUUGCAGCCACUCUUGACAUUGAAAGUGUGUUGAAUGUUCUUUUUUUAAUUACAUAAUAUGAAUCAGUCAUUCAUAGUUGACUACUUGUUCUACAUUUUUAUUCUGCCUAGCUGAUUUUCUAAAUAGUGCUGGCUUCUUCUUAAAAAUUAUUGCUUGGUAACUGUUAUUUAAAUUUCUGAUCCUACUUAAUUCUGGCUAAGGACACACUCCAUGAAAAAUUUCCAUUGAUACCUGGAAUUUGUUCCGUAUUGCCAGAGCAGUUCUUUGAAAGUCACAUGCCUCUCCAUAGACACUCCAUAUUACAGAAUAACCUGUUCCCUCUAAACAGAUUGAUGGGACUUCCAUUUGUGUGACUACUUAGAAGCUCAGGAAGAAAGAGUUAGGCAAGAAUCCCACUCCUGCCUAGAAAUACUAUUCCCACGCUUGAAAUCCUUUUCAAUCUGUAUCUUCCAAAUGUUACGAGCAGCUUUUUUGCAUUUGGCUGUUUCUGGAUAGCUGAUGGUAUGUGAAUCUAUAAAUGAUUUAUUCCUUUAAGUCAUGGUAAGGUUCCUGCCUGAGAAUCAGUUCAAGAGGUAUGUUUCGCCUUCUCAUUUCAGUAGAUGUUGAAAUGCCACUGGAAGAUAUUUUAGCAGAUUGCCUGAUCUUGACCAAAAACCAGUUUGUGGGCAGUUCACAGUCCUUUCUAAAACCUUUGUGAGCCUCAGUUCUCAUGCAGCAAAACCAGAUACAUCUCAAAAACAAUUUAUUUUCCUUCUCAUAUUGCAAAAUAUGCAGAAACACUAAAAGGUACAUUUUCGUAUUUUUUAAAGGGUAUGAACACAGUCUACCUUUUCAUUUCUUUUCAUGUAUAUUUUAGCAUCAACAUCUCUGUUAGAGAGCUAUUGUGAUCUUUUGAGCAGCAUCCAAAACACUUCCCAGUCUUCAUCUUGCCUCAUGAUGUGCCUCAUUUCAAAUUUGUCCAUGCAGAGCUAAAAAAUAUUUACCAUUUUUAGAAGUAACUCCCCCUCCAAACUUUAAAGUCUCUUCACUUUUAAAAAUCAGUUAAAAUAUUUAGAGGCAAACAUUCUUCCCAAUAUAACUUCCAACUUCCCAAUAUAGUUUCUGCUCCAGUCCCCUGAAUUCAAUCCAGAGAGAGCUGUACCUUUCUAAAGAUGCAGACCUCAGUAACUGCAUGUGGUUCGUGGAGCAGAGAAUUUGGGAGGAAGAAUAUGUAGACUACAAAGAGGAAGUUGUGGGUGUCUUAUGUAUGGAGAACUUCAGAGAGUGAAAGACAUGUAAAGAUGUGCACGAAAUGGUGAAAACAUUUUCUUUUGGACCAGAAUCAAAUAAUUGUGUUCCAGCGGUUUUGCUGAAAUAUUUUGGAUGAAACAAUCCAGAUGAGGCAAGGGCAUCUUCUUCCAUCCAUUGCUCCCAGCAUAGCAUAUCCAGUUGCCCCAGCGCCUUCACCCGCCUGUUGCCCGUAGCUUUUUCACCACUCCCACCCCUAACUGGUUCUGUCCGAAGCAAAGCAAUCCCAUUCCCUGCACAGAACAUCAGUUGCUGCUGAUCGGGUGGUUUAAAUAGCUAAAUUGCUGUAGCACCGAGAACACAGAUGACAUUUGGAAAUGCUCACCUUUGCCAAUGAUACCAAAAAAAACAUUUUAGGAAGUUUUCCCAGCAAUUGAUUAUGUGUAUAUCCAAGCAAUAUAUUAAGUCGUCUAAUUUUUGCAGUUGGUGGCCACUUGGAUUUGAAACAGCAAGUGCAGAUUUCUUUAGUGUACUGCUUUGUUGAUUUGUUAGUGCCUUAACCUUCGUGGCCAUAACUUUCUCAUGCAGUAAGAACUUAGUUUAACCUUGGCAUUGCUCAUUCUGAUUCCCUCAUGUCAGCAUCCCUAGGGCUUCCAGGCUAGGCCUAUUGGGAUAAUGCUCUUAACCAUGGCUUAUUGUUGAAGAUCCAGUUGUGCACACUGGCUCCUUCAUGCCCCUUUGCUUAUCAGAGUGAAACCUAAAAUUCCCCAGGAAUUUUCCAGCAGGUAGACAUUGCUGGAAGAUGACAGGAGAUCCCUUAAAAGGCCUCUAAAGAGACCAGAGGCAGCUAUUGGCAAGCUGCACUGGCUAUGAGCAGGAAUCACCACAUAUGAUGGGGCAGAUUCACCACAAAUGAGGAUGUCAUCUGAAUAUGGUAUCUUUGCUCUUGGCACACUAUUGAUUUGUUCCACUUGUCAGUCUUUGGAAAAUUGACAGUUUGGUAAUGUUUGUAUUAUGCGUUGUCAUCAGUGGCUCUCAAGAAUUAUGGGUGGUAGCAGUCACUGGAAGCACCAUGUUCUCCUUACUUAAGAAAUACCAUGUGCGUUGGGCCUUCUAAUUAUAUAACAAUGGGCAUGUGAUGAAGAAUUUCAGGAGACAGAAUCAAGUGAGAAUAGCUAUCCUUCAUAUUUAAAAAAAAAACAGGAGGAGGAGGAAUUAUAUGACUAUAGUAAUUUCAAGAGCAAGAAAAUUAUUUUCUUUGUGAUCCCAGCUCCUUUUAUUUAAAUUAUUGUGCAGACAAGCAUGCACUGUGUGUGAGGAGAUACAGUCAGUGACACAAGCACAGCCAUCAGCACAUGGCCAUUUUCUGUGCCAUUCUUCGGUGAUUCACUGAAAGCCCUCCUGGUACUUGUAUAUCUCUUUUGUUUUUACUUUUUUUACAUACGGGAUUUAAACCAUGUGUUAAAUAUGCAAUAAAUUGUUUACAGGAUGCUCUUUGGAGGGCAAUGAGUCCUUUGUAAAAUUGUACAGACUUUGUGGUUUAAGCACAAUGUGCACAGGCUAGUUUUCUAUAUGGCAGGACAUAAUUUUUUGCAGUGGGAAUUAUGAGAUAUAUGGGAUCAACUUUGCCCUUCGUGUAAAGCUGCUUUAUAAAAUUGUAAAAUAAAACUUUUUAAUGUUGCAUUGUCA